CACACACACACACAUGCACUCAUUCAGAAUGAUGGAGACGCGUGUGUGGCUUCAGCUGUGACCGCGCGCAAAACGCUGCAGCGUGUUGCCCGAAGUAGGACAACAUGAUCCUGGAAAGGUCAUUACCUGGAAGGAAAGAGUAUAUGAUCAGCUGAUAUUACAUCAUUCUCAACCAAGACCAGCUGGAACAAUGCCAGACUCUACCCUGUUACCCCCACUUUCACCAAUCACGGCUCUGAACUGCUCCUUGGACCCAUCAAAUUGCUCCCUUGCUAACCUCUCCUCAUUCUCUUAUGGCGACGAGUGCUAUGGAAGCCAUUCUUUGUUCGUCAUCAUGGCGAUUGCCUACAGUGCUGUGGUACUAUUAGGUGUUGUGGGCAACGUGGCUCUAAUUCUUGUCAUUGCACGGCAACGUGAGCUUCACAAUGUAACAAAUGUCCUAAUCGCAAACCUCUCUGUUUCUGACCUGCUGAUGUCCCUGGUGUGUCUGCCGUUCACCUUCAUUUACACCUUCAUGGAUCACUGGGUGUUCGGAGCGGUCAUGUGUAAACUCAACAGUCUGGUUCAGUGCUGCUCCGUCUCAGUGUCCAUCUUCUCCUUGGUCCUGAUCGCUGUUGAGAGACACCAGCUCAUCCUCCACCCUCGAGGAUGGAGACCCAGCCUGAACCACGCCUGCCUGGGCAUCAGCCUCACCUGGGCCCUGGCCACUCUUACUGCCACACCCUUUCUGUUGUUCUCCAGGGUGACAGACACCCCGCUGAAGCAGCUGCCUUCAGUGUUUCAGGAGCAGUACAGGGGAAAGGAGGUGUGUGUGGAGGAGUGGCCAUCCAGAGAACUCAAGCUCACCUACACUACCGCCAUGCUGGUACUUCAGUACAUCACUCCUCUCACUUUCAUCUUCAUCUGUUACCUGAAGAUCUACACCCGUCUGCAACGGCGGAAUAACAUGAUGGACAGAAUGCGUGAAAAUAAAUACCGGAGCAGUGAGACUAAGCGUAUAAAUAUCAUGCUCUUUUCCAUCGUUGUGGCAUUCGCUGUUUGCUGGCUCCCGUUAAACGUCUUUAACGCCGUCAUCGACUGGAACCAUGAAGUCGCCAUGAACUGCACCCACAAUCUUUUGUUCUCGCUGUGUCACUUGACUGCGAUGUGCUCCGUCUGCAUAAACCCUGUGUUCUACGGGUUCCUGAACCGCAACUUCCAGCGUGACCUAGGGGCCUUCCGACUCUGCAAGAUUAUUUCAGCACGGGAGAAUGAAUACGACAUGGUUGCCAUGUCCACUAUGCACACAGAUGUGUCCAAGAUGUCGCUAAAAAUUAGUAGCCUAGAUCUCUAGCCUAGUAUAGCUUACAGUGGACUUUUCUGUGUUUUGGGAAAUGCACUUGAUCUCCUAAGAUUUACUUUUAAAUGAAAAUUGUGCAUUUACAGUAAGAGUGAUUGUCAGUUUUGUGGCUGCAUGCCAAACAUAACCUGUUCACCAUGCUGUUUUAUGAUGCGUGUUCACAAAGUUUAUGGGUGAAUUAUGUGCAGUAAGGUAUCAUAAAAUUGUACAUACAGUGUCAAACACUGGAUACAUUCCUUACAAACAGCCAAUCCCCUGAACCAAUUAGGGUUCCUUAGGGCAAAGCGAGAAGCUGAAGACACAUUGGAAAUCUUGCAAGGUUCAGAGAACUGGACUGAGCUUUGAUCACUCUGAUGAAGUCAUCCUGCUGUGUUCUCUGUUUGACUUCAGUGAGUAAAACAUGAAGAAACAAAGCAAAUGAAUGCAAAGCCCAAGAGGUCACGAAUUCCAAGAUGAAUUUUAAUGUAUAAUGAAUGUCAGAUGUGACUUUAAGAGAACAAUUUCGUGUUGUUUCUAAACUGGUUUACAUUUCUUUGAGUUCUGGGUGUUCUGAAACCGAAACUAAAUUGAAGUGAUUUUCUUGUUCUUUAUCUAUUGACAAGCCAAGCCUGCAGAAAGUAAAGGCCUGUUCUUAUAAUAUAAACCCAUUUUUUAGAAAAUUUAAGUAUUGUCAUAUGCGCUAUUGUAAAAGUAAUAAUAAUAAUAAUAAUAUACACACACACACAGUGGUUUAUUUUAAAAACAUUUGUUGUGUGUGCUUUGCUUGCUUUGCUUUUGUUGCUCAUGGAAGUUUGUGUUUUCUGUGCUUCAGUUUAAAUACUCUCACUAACUCCACAUAGAC